CACACACUCACACACACAAGCACACACACGCACACACACAUACACACACACACACACACACACACACACAAGCCCCCACAGCAGUUAUGUAUUCUCCGCUCUGUCUCACCCAGGAUGAAUUUCAUCCCUUCAUUGAAGCACUUCUACCCCACGUCCGAGCGUUCGCGUACACGUGGUUCAACCUGCAAGCCCGAAAACGGAAAUACUUUAAAAAACACGAGAAGCGCAUGUCAAAAGAGGAAGAGAGAGCAGUGAAGGAUGAGUUGCUAAGUGAGAAACCUGAAGUCAAACAGAAAUGGGCAUCCAGACUUCUGGCCAAAUUACGGAAAGACAUCCGACCUGAGUAUCGCGAGGAUUUUGUUCUCACUGUUACGGGGAAAAAGCCUCCAUGUUGUGUUCUUUCUAAUCCAGACCAGAAAGGCAAGAUGCGAAGAAUUGACUGUCUUCGUCAGGCAGAUAAAGUCUGGAGGUUGGACCUUGUGAUGGUGAUUUUAUUUAAAGGUAUUCCACUCGAAAGUACUGACGGAGAGCGCCUUGUAAAGUCCCCACAAUGCUCAAAUCCAGGGCUGUGUGUCCAGCCCCAUCACAUAGGAGUUUCUGUUAAGGAACUCGAUUUAUAUUUGGCAUAUUUUGUGCACGCAGCAGACUCGAGUCAAUCUGAAAGUCCCAGCCAGCCAAGUGAAGCCGACAUCAAGGACCAGCCAGAAAAUGGACAUUUGGGCUUCCAGGACAGUUUUGUCACAUCGGGGGUUUUCAGUGUGACUGAGCUAGUCAGAGUGUCCCAGACACCGAUAGCUGCAGGAACUGGCCCCAAUUUCUCUCUCUCCGAUUUGGAAAGUUCUUCCUACUACAGCAUGAGCCCAGGAGCAAUGAGGAGGUCUUUACCCAGUACAUCCUCGACCAGCUCGACAAAGCGCCUCAAAUCUGUGGAGGAUGAAAUGGACAGUCCUGGUGAAGAGCCCUUUUAUACAAGCCAAGGACGCUCCCCAGGCAGUGGCAGCCAGUCAAGUGGAUGGCAUGAAGUAGAGCCAGGGAUGCCAUCGCCAACUACACUAAAGAAGUCAGAGAAGUCUGGUUUCAGCAGCCCCUCACCGUCGCAGACCUCCUCCUUGGGAACGGCAUUCACACAGCAUCAUCGGCCUGUCAUUACAGGACCCAGAGCAAGUCCACAUGCGACCCCAUCAACUCUACAUUUCCCGACAUCUCCCAUUAUCCAGCAGCCUGGGCCCUACUUCUCACACCCGGCAAUUCGCUACCACCCUCAGGAGACGCUGAAAGAGUUUGUCCAACUUGUCUGUCCCGAUGCUGGUCAGCAGGCCGGACAGGUGGGGUUCCUCAAUCCCAAUGGUAGCAGCCAAGGCAAGGUGCACAAUCCGUUCCUUCCCACCCCAAUGUUGCCACCGCCACCUCCGCCACCAAUGGCCAGGCCUGUGCCUCUGCCCGUGCCAGACACAAAGCCUCCGACCACAUCGACAGAAGGAGGUGCCACCUCGCCCACCUCACCGACCUACUCGACACCCAGCACCUCCCCCGCAAACCGAUUCGUCAGUGUUGGACCCCGGGAUCCAAGCUUUGUAAAUAUCCCUCAACAGACACAGUCCUGGUACCUGGGAUAAAAGUCACAGCAUCCCACCAUCCACCAGACAGACCACCGGACCCCUUCUCAACUCUGUAACGCCGAAGCAGCAGCAGCAGCAGCGCAGUGCAGUUUCUUCAUUGUCCAGCGGAAGGGGAGACAAACAGAUUCAGAAAAACCAGUACAUGGAAAAAUGGCGAGCGUUACGGUCCAACAGCCAAGGCCGUAACGUACGCUCUUUGGGAUUAGAAUUUUUUUUUUCAACCACCUUAGGAACUGUUGUAAUUUUCUCACAUGGUGCUUGAAAUGAUUUGGCUUUGUCGCAUUGGAGUGUUUCGCUGGUAGUGUAAGUUGUAGGUGACGCUGGGGGGAGGGGGAGGCCGGUCUGCUGUCAUGUGCUGCCUUCCCUGCUGUCCCCCACUUUCCAUACGGAGCCCAGCUGUUUCACGGUCUUGACAUCCAUUGACCCAUACAGAUGCGUACGCCUUUCUGAGCACUCGCGAGGCCCGCCGCAACUAAAACUUUCCUAGUCGCUGAAAUCUGCAAUAUGUAACUUACAGGACAGAUGAUAGGGCAUGUUCUUCUGUAACAUUUCGGGGAAAAAAAAAAAGAUGCAGUGGGUUCCCUUCUGGGGGGGGUUGAUUUUUGUCCUACAGUCAGCAGUUUCAAUGUGUAACAUGACCCAUAAAGAAUGGCGAGUCCACUCACGUUACAGAGAUAUUCAGAAAUGACAAACUACUACUAUAGUCGUCAUGUUUCUUUUAAAGUUUGAAAUGCUGCACUUACAUUAGAACAUUGUGGGGUUUUUUUUCCAACAAUUUUCAACAAUUACACAAAUUCACGUGGAAAUGGGGAAGAUGGUCUGUUUUGACAGAAACUGACAGGAAUCAAUCAAAACAAUCGAAUUUUGAAUUGAGUUAAGUGCAAUUUCAUUGGAUAGCUAAAUAUCUUUGUAAGAUAGAGAUUGUUGAAAAUUCUAUUUUUGUUUUCCAAGUCCUUCUACCCCAGGACUCUAAAUUAUUGGGGUAAAAAAAACAGCCUUGCAAGAAAAAAAAAGGGGAGCUAUUUUUGCUUUUUAUGUUUUUUAUUGUUAAACUUGUAUCCCUUUAAAAACUGAAGGAAAAUUUAAAAAAAAACACAAAAAAAUACAAAUCUAAUGGUGCUUUUACCACAAUAUGUUAACUACAUUAAAUGCUAAUUAAUUAUUUUCUUUUAUCAAAGCACAUAAAAAUUAAGUCAUGAUAUCUGUUAAUUUUAUAAGCUAAAAGUCACUUAUAAUGGAUUAUGCCAAUUUUGAAAAAAAAAAUUUGACACGUUUCUGGCCACCUAAGGUGUAUCAGUUCCUGGCCACUUCAAGUCCCAGAGAGCAUCCAGAGGUUUGAAACACCUUGAUGUCCUAUGUUUUCCUGGACAGACUACAGAGAGAAAUGACAAAGAUGCUGGUGUCCAUUCUGAUUGAGGGCACUUGUUGGGAAAAGAAAAGGGAAAAAAAUUCGUACCCCCAAAUGUCCUGUAUCUUAUGUACAAAAGUAAAACGAGGCAAAAAAAAAUGCAGAAAAAAUGAGAAGAAAAUAGAGUGCAAGUGAUUUUUUUCUACCAGACAGCGAAGCACCCAAUGCUUCCCCAGGCGACUUUCAGAAGGUUUCCUAGACUAUACAUAUAUAUACGUUCUGAUUGGCGCAUCUGGCUAAUCAGAGAAAAUCUGUGCAUGUUCUAGUGUUAGUAACUAAUUUUUAUAUAGUUAAUGUAGGAUAAAGUAGAGUACAUUAAGACACAAUAUUGUAACCCUAUUCCAGGCACUUAUUGCCUUUAAACCUUGUUUGUUCAGCCCUUGAGAAGGGUUCCUACUACUGUCCUAUACAAUCAAGUAUCUGAAAUUCUUGGGAAGUCACUUUUGCUCAUCUUUUCCCUGAAACAAUGUUGGUUGUUUGUUUUAUUUUUUUUCCUCCUUGAUUUGCACGAAACAAAUGAAAAAAAAAUUCCAUAUCAAUGUGCCUUGCCCUGGAUAGCGAUUAUUUCUGAAAUUGUUGCACACGAUCCUCGAAUCGAAAGGGUUUUUUUCCCUGGUCAAGCAUUUGGAGACACUUUUUUUGUAAAUGUGACUUUGACGUCCGCCAUCGUCAGUUUCCACUUCUAGAACCUGAGUAGUGUGUUAGUUGUUCCGCAGAUAGGAGUAGUGUGUAUUGUCUGGUGUGGUCAGUGGCAGUGCUGUUCUGAGAUCUGUAGAUGCUAGAGAAAAAAAAAAAUCAGUAUUUUGGGAUGUUGCUGCAUUGGACAUUUUAUUUCGGAGUCUUCCUUUAUUUUGUUUUGUUUUAUUUCCCAGAUAUAUGAAAAUAUGCAAUACCUGCUUAUAUCACGUAGAAAUGCUUAGUGGUGAUCGAUUUUUCUUUUGAUUUUUUUUUUAUUUGACCAAAGUCAGUGCUGCACUUGACGCAGUGUGUUUUCGGUGUUUGUCUUUUGUCCUUUUCUUUGCGAAUUUUGAAUGCACGGAGGCAGGAAGGGCUCCCUUUAGAGUAGCAGUCAAACUGUGAAGCACUAAGCUGACCCUGCUUCGAGCAAUUUCUUUUUCUUUUUACAACUCUUCCUUUCACAAGCAAGCCUUAAAAAAAAUAGCGUUUAAAAAAAAAACACAACAAAAAAAAAAACCAACCUUCCUUUUUCUUCAGAUCCCCACACCCCAUUUUUCUUAGCAGACCAGUUGAUCCACAUUCAAUAAAUAUAAUAAUGCCCAUUUUUAUAUGCACGUUUUUAAACUUCCAAGUUUGGAGAAAGAAAAAUAAAUAAUUGUUUACUGGUUCUCUCUAUUUAAGGAAAAAAAUAAAACAUUUUGGACUUUGAUACGUGUCUGGUAAGUGGUCGAGUAGUUUGUUGGGCUUUGUUGUGUUGUGUGAGAGUCAGUGUACAAUAUCAUUUCCUGUAGCCAGCAUUCUUUGCCUUCCCCCUAAUAGCACUUAGCAGGGCAUUACUUUGUGAUGACAUUAUGUGCACUAUGAAAAAUAAAUAAAUAAAGUUGCAGCUUACAGUGCUUCACAGUGAAGGGAAAAAAAAAAAAAAAGAACAGCAAAAAGCCUAGACAGACAUUUUGUCAGAACCUUUGCUCUAAGCCGAGGUGUUACCAGUGAAAUUGGUCUGUACAUACGAAGAAAUUGCACCCUUUUUUUUUUAAAUGAAAAAAGAAAAAGAACAAAAAAAAAAAAAAAAGACGAAUCCA